CUAGCGGGUGAGAAUCUCGUUUAUAUAUCCGUUCUAUGUAUGGGAGAUAUAGAACGUCCUGGGUUAUAGACGCCCGCACUAUCCCUGGCGCAUAAUGUUGAAGCCUCAGGGACCGCGCCUAUUCGCCAUCACCUACUCGGCGACGUCAAAUGAAACAUCCAUCGCGGCACGCAGCACGAUAGUCUUGAACCAAUGGCCAAGAUCCUUAGCUGCAACCGCACAAUCUAGAGGAUUAAAAACUCUGUGGGCGCUUAUCCACAGGUCUCUUCACCAAAGUACGUAUUGCGCGCUGCAUUCCAGUUAUUGCCAACGGCGACGUCCUCAUGGGAACGAGACCGCAAAGAGCUACCGAGAGCUGAAGACAAAGCCAUACACGAUUGGAAAUAGGUAUAAGAAAAUCGUAGCGAGGUAUUGCUCAGCAUAUAAUGCCAUGAAUGGGUGUGAACUUCCCGCCAAUUUAGUCCCCUUGCAUACAUCAUCAUUCGCGCUCGCUGGCAAGUGUUCAGGCCGACGAGAGCGAAUCAAAUCCGUGGUGGUUUCGUUUCAGUGCCUAGGUUUUAUGAACCAUCGACCAUCUAUAGCAUUAAAUGAAGAGCUGCUUUUCAUUUCAAUAUCUAGCACAGCCAAGUUUUUCCAGCUAUUGUGAUAAGCAGUGUGAUUUUAAAAGAUUUUAGCCAACUCUC